AUGAUUGAGAGCUAUGAGGAGAAUUUCAGUUAUUCAGACGAUAUAGAAGUGGAGGAAAGUCGAAAUUGUCAGAUUGAAGAUGACAAUAUAGACAGAGAGGUAGAUCUGUCUUUUACUAUGGAAGAACAUCACAGCAUUGACUUUACAUCAGCAGAGUGGGAUUACUUGAGAGUUGCCCAACAUACUAUGCAUAAUCAUCAACAACAACAACAACAACAGCAGCAGCAGCAGCAGCAGCAGCAACAACAACAACAACAUACUUUGGAGAAUAAUACUACCACCAAUAAUAAUACUAAUAAUAGCAGCAAUGAGAUUGAAAUAUCUCCAUCGAUAUCAAACCAUACUUUGCAGCUGUUGCGCGCGGCAUUCUCUUCUGAAUACGAUACCGAUACCACUGAUUUUGUUGGAUUCACUGAUGGGCACAACCUGACUGCAGCACAAGUUGCCGAAGUUGGCGAUGUCUUUAAUAAUAAAGAACAUAGAUCAAGUUAUAAAAUCAGUCAGGAUCUUGGCUUUUCUCACCAUUUAGACGCCAAUUAUUGGGACUACAUGAUGGAGAAGGAGAUUAGCAUGGCACAACUGGAAAUAGAAGCAAACAGUUUUAACCAUAAUAAUAUAGACAUUGAAGAGCUGAAUCAAGGGGAGGAAGAAGCAACAGUAGGAGCAACUGAAGCAGUUACUGCUGAGAAUGAAGCUGAAGCUGUAGGUGUCAAAUCUUUUAAAGAGAAGAAUGCAAUAGAAUCAAGUAGCGGGAAAGGCUAUAGUGAGGAAUUGCAAAUGUACCAACUCAACAACUCAAACGUGUGUGACGAUUUAUCAUAUAAAAGAUUUGUUACUUCUCAAUUUAUAGAGAGUUCAUCACUGAAUGAUCGACUACCGCAACAAAAGGAGGUGUUAAAUUUCCCCAACACUGCAUUUAAUCAUUCUGUGGACCUGCUUGCUUCGACGCUGGCGAACUCCAACACAACUUCCACCUCCACCAUCUCCUCUUCACAAGUGCAAUUGGUUGUUGACUUUGAAAAGUUUGUCACUUCUCCGAUAUACGAGUGGCCCGAGGAUGAAACAACAGGGUAUGUCAAGUUUGUCAAUAAGAUCAAAGUACGAUUAGCGAAUUUGGAGCCAAAAACAAUCAGCGAGUCGGUGCUCAAGACUGUUCGUCAAGAGUUUGUCAUUCAAGAUUUGUUUCUUAGUGGGAAAUCGCCGCCCCCACCAGAAGUGCCCAAGCUGAUACGCAAUAGAUCCGACCGCGACGUUGAAUGGACGCCGUUAUCAGUUUACAAGGCAUAUACUAAUAUCAAGUCCCCUACAAAUGGUAAGGAGUCGUAUAAUCGGUUAGUGCCGUAUACUUCUUGUAUAGGGACUUUGAACUACCGGCCAAAAGACCAUGCAGCUUGGAAAAGAUCACCCAAUAGGCGACAAGAACAAUGA